AUGUCGUACGCCCUUUCAAACUCCCACAGACAACUCGUCGAAGGCCAUUUGAAAGACAUCGACCCUGAGGUCGCCUCCAUCAUCCAGGAUGAGAUCGAAAGACAGAGACACUCGAUUGUUCUGAUUGCUUCUGAGAACUUCACCUCUACUGCUGUGUUUGAUGCCUUGGGAUCUCCAAUGUGCAACAAGUACUCCGAGGGUUACCCUGGUGCCAGAUACUACGGUGGUAACGAGCACAUCGACAGAAUGGAGCUGCUCUGUCAGGCCAGAGCUUUGAAAGCUUUCAACCUUGAUGCAGACAAAUGGGGUGUGAAUGUUCAAUCUCUUUCUGGAUCUCCAGCCAACUUGCAAGUUUACCAGGCCAUCAUGAAGCCUCAUGAGAGAUUGAUGGGACUGGAUCUUCCUCACGGAGGCCAUCUUUCCCAUGGUUACCAAACAGACACCAGAAAGAUUUCUGCAGUUUCCACCUAUUUCGAGACCAUGCCAUACAGAGUGAACCUUGAGACCGGAAUCAUCGACUACGAUAUGCUGGAAAAGACCGCCGUUUUGUACAGACCAAAGGUUUUGGUUGCUGGUACUUCUGCUUACUGCAGAUUGAUCGAUUACAAGAGAAUGAGACAGAUCGCAGACAAGGUUGGUGCCUAUCUUGUUGUUGACAUGGCUCACAUCUCCGGUUUGAUAGCAGCAGGCGUGAUUCCAUCUCCAUUCGAGUACGCCGAUAUUGUCACCACCACCACCCACAAGUCCUUGAGAGGUCCACGUGGUGCUAUGAUUUUCUUCAGAAAGGGUGUUAGAUCCGUGAAUCCAAAGACCGGAAAGGAGAUCUACUACGAUCUUGAGAACCCUAUCAACUUCUCUGUGUUCCCAGGUCACCAGGGUGGUCCUCACAACCACACGAUUUCUGCCUUGGCCACUGCUUUGAAACAAGCUGCUACCCCAGAGUACAGAGAGUACCAGGAGCAAGUGUUGAAGAACGCCAAGGCUUUAGAGACAGAGUUCAAGAAACUCGGCUACAAGCUUGUUUCUGACGGUACCGACUCGCACAUGGUGUUGGUCAACCUCAGAGACAAGGGAAUCGAUGGUGCUCGUAUUGAAGCUGUUUGCGAGCAGAUCAAUAUUGCAUUGAACAAGAACUCCAUUCCAGGUGACAAGUCUGCUCUUGUUCCAGGAGGUGUUAGAAUUGGAGCUCCUGCAAUGACCACCAGAGGUCUUUCUGAGCAGGACUUUGUCAAGGUUGUUGAUUACAUUGACAGAGCCAUCAAGAUCGCCAAGGAGGUCCAGACCAGUUUGCCAAUCGAGGCCAACAAAUUGAAGGACUUCAAGGCCAAGAUCGUCACCAAGCUGCCAGAGGUCACUGCUCUCAAGCAGGAGAUCUCCGACUGGGCUGGCCAAUUCCCAUUGUCUGUUUAA